AUGGCGGUGAACAAGCGCCUGAUCAUCGUGGGCGUCGUGGUACUGUGCGCCGUGGUGGGCGCCAUCGUGGGCGUGCUGGUGGCCACCAAGUCCAGCUCAUCCUCCACGUCCUCGGAGGAGUCGGGCGACGCCGGCGACUCGACGUCCAGCGGCUCGGGCACCAGCUCGUCCACCAGCAAGAAGUCGUCCAACUCGACCUCGGGCAGCUCCACGGUCACGUCCACCGUGACGUCCGACCCCACCUCCGUGACCUACUCGCUUGCGGCCUUUGCCAUCGGAGACUGGGGCACGACCGUGACCAAGGACUCGUGCUGCACGCGCUCGGAGACGUACAACAACUACGACGUGGUGGCGGAGGAUGUGGUGUCCAGUCUCAUGAACACGCAGGCGGGCAACGCCGACGUCAAGCCGAAGGCCAUCCUGAGCCACGGCGACAACUUCUACUGGACGGGCAUCAACAGCGAGGACGGCCGCGACUCGCGCUUCACCACCACCUUCGAGGGCAAGUUCGACGGCGACAACCUCGCUGGAAUCCCGUUCAUCAACGUGCUGGGCAACCACGACUACGGUGGCGCUAGUUACAUCUGCUCGGACGGCGAUGACAACGCCAAGUGCGGCAGCACGGACGACCUCAUCACGGCUCUAGAGAACAAGUUCAAGUGGCAGCAGGAGUACACGAGCCCCAACGACGACCGCUGGGUGCUCAAGGACCACUUCUACGUGUACACUAUCGAGGACGCCGACUCGGGCGUCAGCAUUGACAUCUUCAACGUGGACUCGGGCGACGCCGACGUGCACGCGGCCCAGCAGGUGUGCUGCCAGUGCUACGGCUACUCGAACGGCGACGACGACUCGUGCAACAACGUUGCGCGUGGAGACGAGUACUGCUGCGGAGGUGAUACGGACAUGUACGACACCUGCUUCGCCAAGUUCACGGAGUGGAGUGACGACUCGCGCUCGCAGCUCGCCGAGAAGGUCCAGACGUCCAACGCGACCUGGAAGAUUGUGAACUCGCACUACUCGCCGAGCGUCCACUACGCGGAGACGGGCAUGAAGGAGUGGUUUGACAUCCUGGAGGGCUCUGGCAUCCACGCGUGGGUCUACGGCCACACGCACGGCGAGAAGCACGACUACUCGGAGACGCUGGGCGUGCACUUCGUGGAGAACGGCGCCGGCGGCGGUAUCCAGAAGGAGUCGGCCAGCGGCAUCACGACGUACGCCGCCGACUACGUCAGCAACGUGUGGACGUACACGGGCGACGAGUACGGCUUCUUCUCGCUCACGGCCUCGGAGGACUGGCUCAAGCUGCAGUACCACACGGCCGACGACACGUGGUCGUUCGGCUCGAGCAUGAGCGCCACGACCGUCGGCGGUGUCGAGACCAAGCACUGCUGGUACAUCCCCGCGGACGGCACGAAGGGCGAGGAGUGCUCAUCGUAAAUCCCAUGACCAUGAAUGACCCUUGGCCUCGUCACCAAGGCUGAAACCAGAAGAAGCCGAGCGGAGCCGCGUUCCCCCAGUAGUGAGUACUAAGACCGCCGUAUAUGUAGGUCAGUGACAGAGAAGAUAACGGCUCCCGGCAAUCGUAUAUUCCCUUCAUUCCC